AUGGUUUCCCACAUUCCUGGACCCAGUACGGGAGGGAGCCCUCCGCAGACUGUCGAACAGAUCACAAAAACGGCCCAGGAUUAUCAGUACAAUGCAGCCAUCUCACUCAAAAAAUGGCUCAGGACGACAGCCACUCUUAUUCGAGAGGCUGAAAUUUACGAACGCGAAGGUCACGACGAACAAGCCUACCUACUCCUUUUUCGACAUGCCCAGCUGGUUCUGGUACAUCUAUCCAAACAUCCAGACGCGGCAAAAGACGAGAAAGACCGCAAAGCACUGGUUGCCGCCGAGAAAGAGGUGGAAAAAAACUUAGCCAAGCUCGAAAUUCUCAGGCCUCGGAUCAACAAAAGAUGUGAGCGCUACAACCAGUUGAAGCGCGAUCGCGACUCCCGAAAGCUAGCCUCGGAAUUCAAUGUCACCCCGGAACAGGGCGAGCAACCUGCAGAUCCCGCCCUGAGCGGCGUUGCGAAACCUUUGGAAGCUGGAGAGAACCGAGACCUCGCUGUUCGAUUGGCGCAAUCAGAACUUCAUCGCAGAGCAACGAUCCGCAGAAACGAAGAUGACAAUCGCCGAGCGGCAGGCGUAUGGGGCGAUUGGGAAAGUGCAUUGAAGACCGACAAGCGGUCUGCCGACAAGGACCUGAGCCAGCGUAUCCAAGAUAUCAGACUCAAUAUUGAUCAUAGGCAACCGACUGGUCAGACUCAACAUGCGUCAAAACCCGUUUUGCGCGAGAAUUCCUCCGCCUCGACAGCAACAUAUAAUUACCCUACCGUACCUCUCCAGAAGCCUUUGGUACCAUCCAUCUCUUCUGGUCAGAUCGCCAUCCUUGACAAGAAUGUGGAAAGGCAACCACCUCCGAUCUUGCCACCGAAGGAACACGCCGAGCCACUCAGAGCAUCCUUCGUCGACGAGGAACCUGCAAAUGAGCCUCCGCCACUUCCAUCAAAGGUUUCCCCAGCUCCGCCACCACCUGAAAAGUUACAAAACUUUGAUGGGGAUGCACCUGCACCAUCUAGUCUUGAUCCGGCAAGUUAUACCUUCAAGCCCUCGGCGUACCUAGAAAACGGCAGUCCACUGCGCUCUGUCUUUCUUCCCGCCAGUCUUCGGGAUCGGUUCUUGUCUCUGGCGGGUCCAAACACUCGCCGAAACUUGGAAACCUGUGGGAUUCUCUGCGGGACUUUAGUUUCCAAUGCCCUAUUUAUUUCCAGGCUUGUGAUUCCCGAACAAAUAUCGACCUCGGACACUUGUGAGACUACCAAUGAAUCUGCACUCUUUGACUACUGCGACGCGGAAGAUCUGAUUAUGCUGGGAUGGAUUCACACACAUCCCUCUCAAACAUGCUUUAUGAGCUCGCGUGACUUGCAUACCCAUUCCGGUUAUCAAGUCAUGCUUCCAGAGAGCAUUGCUAUUGUCUGUGCACCUAGCAAAAAUCCGGACUGGGGUGUGUUCCGGCUUACCGAUCCACCUGGCCUGAAAACUGUCCUCAAUUGCACCCAGAAAGGGCUAUUUCAUCCACAUGCUCAAGAGAAUAUAUACACAGGUGCAUUGCGGCCUGGUCAUGUUGUCGAGGUCAACGGCUUAGAGUAUGAAACUGUUGAUCUACGCCCCAAAGAUGCGCGUGAUUAA